AUGACCGACCCCGUUAUAAUCGCAUCCGGUCAAACGUUCGAGCGCGCGGAGAUCGAGCGGUGGUUUGGCGAGGGGAAGCGCGUGUGCCCUGUCUCCGGGCAGCACCUCGAAAAUCUCACCGUCGUGCCGAACAACUCCCUCCGCAGCGUCAUCUCCGCGUGGUGCCUCGGCAACGGCAUCAGGCUCGGCGCGGAGGAUCGCACCAACCCUACCGCAGGCCAGCUCGCCGAGCCGAAACGCCGAGCCUCGUUCCACGCCGGCCCGUCGACAUCCUCUCCUUCGAGAUCGUUUUCGAGCAAUGCCGGCCGCGAAGCCCGCCGGCAGUCCAGCGGCUCGUACGAGCAGAGCCCCUCCCCGUCGCCCCGGUGCCCUAUUUGGCCCGUGUCGGCCUCGGUAUCCUCGCAGUCUCCCUCCGCAUCUCCCGCGUACACGUCUGCUAAGAGCACCGGCAGUCCCGGCAUGCGGCGCGACUGGAAUCAAUAUCCCGGGAGGGACGAGUGGAGCGGCCCGCAGCCGCGCCGCGACGAGUGGUCGGGGCCGCAGUCGGUCGAGUUUGCGAUGCAAUCCGGCAUAGCGUCGCAGGCGGCCGUCCCGUCGCAGGCGGCCGUCCCGUCGCAGGCGGCCGUCCCGUCGCAGGCGGCCGUCCCGUCGCAGGCGGAAAUGUCGCACGGUCACGGCGCUGGCUCUCCGGCGCCGCAGGAGAGAGACAGUGGCGGCGGCGGUGGCAGACUGCCGAAUCGCAUGCGACACUCCCUAGGCUCGCAGUCUAUGCGCUACGAUUAUCCCGAGCACGCGUCGCGGUCGCCGCAGUCGCAUUCCCUAAUCUCCUGGGAUCACGACGGGGAUCAAUCGGACCGGCAUCAUCAACCAGGAAUGAAUCCCGCUCUAGCGUACAUGACGCCAAACCAUCCCGUAGCGUCCGUCUACGUCACUAACGCGGCCGGCAGCCCGUCCGUUAGCCGGUUCUCCUCGCGCGACAUGUACCUCACGUUCGCGCGCUCGUCCACCUGCGACUCGAGCUCCAACAGCCGGUCGUUACUCUUAGGCCGGGAGCACGGCACCGCGCCGCCGGAGCGUGAGGGCGCCCCGAGCGAGGGCGGCGCGGGCGAGCGCAUGCUGACUCGCGGCGGAAACCUCGCGGCCGGGCGGAGCCAGAGUCAGAAGGAGCGCGCGCCGGGCGGAAGCAGAGCGGGGAUGGUGCGGACGGAAGAGGAGGAGCACGCGCGGCUGCGCAUUCCGGAGCUCGUGCGCCAGAUGCAGGGCGUGGGCGCGGGGCGGGGAUCGGGGGGCGGCGAGACGCUGCUGGUGCGCGAGCGGCAGCAGGAGGCGGCGGAGGAGCUGCGGAUGAUGGUGAAGGAUUCGCGCGCGAACCGGGAGAGCGUCGUCGCGGCGGGCGGCGGCGUGCUCUCUGCGCUGAUUAAUCUCUUCUGGAGCGAGGACGAGGUGACCGUGGAGCACGCGGUCACUGCGACUCUAAAUCUCUCGUUGACGUCGUCGUCGCACGCGCCGCUGAUUGGCCAGGGCGUCGUGCCCGCCCUCGUCGCGGUGCUCUCGGGCGGCGCCGCCGCGUCGUGCUGCUCGUCGCCCGUCUCGUCGCCGAGCGUCGCAGGGUCCAGGGCGGGGCAGCGCCAGUGGGGGGAGAGUUUCACCGCAGCAGGCGCGGCAGGCGGAAACGAAUUGGAAUACGGCUCGGGAUUGGAGGAGAAAGCCACGGCGGUUCUCGUGAAUAUCGCGAAAACUCCCGCGGGUUGCGCGGCGAUUCAGUUGGCGGGGGGGAUUGCGCCGCUGGUUGAAGCGCUGGAAAGCGGAUCCGCGCGCGGAAAGGAGGAUGCGGUUGCGGCGCUGCUGAUGCUGGCGGAAGACGAGAGCCGGCGGGACGAGAUUCUCGAGGAGGGGGUGAUGCCCACGCUGGUUGCGCUGCAACAGUCCGGCACUCCGCGCUCGCGCGUCAAGGUUCCCAUUCAACUAAACACGUUCUCCCCCCUUCCUCUCCACCGCCCCUUCCCCGUGUUCUGCCGCAUCUGCUUUCAGGCUGCUCGUCUGCUGGCAAUCUUCCGUCGGUCGGUGCGGCGUCUGCCCCAAGUGGGAGACGCCGCUCAGGCAAGGGCAAGGGGGGCAAGGGAGCGGGUGGGACCAGCGGGGGCGGUGGAGGUGGAGGCGGCGGAGGGAGUGGGGGUGGCGGUGGAGGUGGUGGCGGGGGUGGGGGUGCUAGUGGCGGCAGUGGAGGCGGAGGUGGCGGCGGCGGUGGCGGUGGGAGCGGAGGUGGCGGAGGCGGUGGCGGUGGAGGAGGAGGCGGGGGUGGCGGUGGUGGAGGUGGUCGGAGUGGCGCUUCGCAGCGGAGCAGCACUGGAGGUGGUCAGCGCCAGCAGCAGCAGCAGCAGCAGCGUUCUCGCGACGUCCCCAACCCUCAGCAGCUCCUGUGGGGGUACCCACUCCGCCCAGCGCUGCUUUGGCCGCCUGACGGACGCUUGGCGCCAGCAGUUCCCGGAGGCCGCGGAGAUCCCCCGCUGGGGAGAGCUGUCUAAGGCUGGUGUAGCUAUUUUUGAUCUUGACUUUGAUGCUAUCCUUGCUGCUAUGUAUGCUGUGACCAUUAGUGAUGAGGGUGAUUGUUACCGGUGUUUCCCGCCCGACCAGGGCAUUGCGGCUGCUGCUCUAGGUGCCAGUGCGUCUGUGCUCUCAGGUACUGGUGAGGCUGCUCGCUCAGGUACUAGUGAGUCUGCGCUCUCAGGUACUGCGUCGGCCUCUGCCUCCCACACGUUCACCCUUGACUCUGGAGCGUCUCGCUCCUUCUUUCGGGACCGCACCACACUCACGCCGCUUAGUCGGCCGGUUGCGGUGUCCCUGGCUGACCCCUCUGGGGGUCCUGUCCUGUCUCGCUUCUCCACAGUCCUUCCGUGUCCGGCGGCACCCUCUGGCACCCUGUCUGGUCUCUACCUCCCCUCGUUCUCUACGAACUUGGUGAGUGGUGCUGACCUACAGGAUGCGGGAGUCCACCAGUUCACCCCUGCUCGUCAGCGAGUGACGCACUGCACAGAGGCUAGCACAGGCCGUCACCUGGCUACGUUUACACGUCAGCCAGGGUCGAGCCUGUACACACUGACCACUCCUUCUCCUCCAGUUCCUGAGUCUGGUAGGGUCCCUUCGUCAGGCCAGGUGUUUGCUGCAGCGUCCAGGUCUGGUCCUGAGUCUGCCCCCUGUUCGUGUCGUCGCCUGUCUCACGAGACUCUCCUUUGGCACCACCGCCUGGGUCACCCCUCUCUGCUUCGGCUCAGAGGCAUGGCCUCCCGUCUCCUUGUCUCUGGUCUCCCCAGGUCCCUCCCUCCCCUUCCUCAGGGCCCUGGCCCUGCCUGUGUCCCCUGUGUCGAGGGACGCCAGCGUGCUGCCCCUCACUCCUCCCAGUUUCCUCCGACAGAGGCUCCGUUGCAGACGCUUCACAUGGACGUGUGGGGCCCUGCCCGCGUCCGUGGACUCAGUCACGAGCGCUACUUCCUGCUGGUGGUUGACGACUACUCGCGUUACACCGCGGUCUUCCCCUUGCGCAGUAAGGGUGAUGUCACUGAGGUGCUGAUCGACUGGAUCCGCGCAGCUCGUCUCCAGCCCAGGCAGAGCUUUGGCUCGGACUUUGCUGUGUUGCGUCUGCACUCGGACAGAGGCGGAGAGUUCUCCUCUGGCCUUCUGCGUGCCUACUGUCGUGCGCGAGGCAUCCGUCAGACCUUCACGCUUCCGGACUCACCGCAGCAAAAUGGGAUUGCAGAGCGCCGCAUUGGCAUGGUCAUGGACGUCGCUCGUACAUCUAUGAUGCAUGCGGCUGCCCCCCAUUUUCUGUGGCCGUUUGCGGUCAGGUACGCGGCGCAUCAGAUCAACCUCCACCCCAGGGUCUCCAGGCCGGAGACCUCCCCAGCCCUGCUGUGGACGGGGAAGGUUGGCGAUGCGUCGGCGUUCCGGGUCUGGGGAUCUCGGGCGUUUGUCCGCGACUUGUCUGCGGACAAGCUGUCCCCUCGCGCUGCUCCCUCCGUCUUCCUGGGGUUCCCCCCCGACGCCCCUGGGUGGCAGUUCUACCACCCCACCUCUCGCCGUGUUCUGUCCUCCCAGGACGUCACAUUCGAUGAGUCCGUCCCCUUCUACCGCCUCUUCCCCUACCGCACUCCUUCCCUCCCGCCGCCACCGCACUUCCUUGUGCCAGGUCCCCCCCCGGUCGACCCCCUUCCCCCUCAGGGUCCUGCCCCUUCAGGUGUGUCCCAGGUAGAUGCAGUCGAGCCGGUCGAGGUUGCUGGUGACUCAGGUACUGCUGGGGGUGCUGAGCCUGGGGGUGCUGAGCCUGGGGGUGCUGACUCUGGGGGUGCUGAGUCUGGGGGUGCUGAGCCUGGGGGUGCUGAGCCUGGGGGUGCUGAGCCUGGGGGUGCUGCCUCUAGGGGUUCUGAGCCUGGGGGUGCUGACUCUGGGGGUGCUGCGCGCGUGGGUGCUGAGCCUGGGGGUGCUGAGCCUGGGGGUGCUGCGUCUGGAGCUGCUGAGCCUGGAGGUGUGGAGCCUGCGGCCAGUGGACCUCCCCUUGUGGCGUCUGGCGGUGCUGGGCCUGGAGGUUCUCCGGGUGCUUCGUCUCGGCGGGAGCCACUCUCUCCACAGGAGCUGCGUGAGUGGUUUGCUCGCCGCUGGAGGCGUACUGCUGGAGCUGGCGCUUCUUCGGCCGCUGAGGGUGCUUGUGCCGCCGGUCCCGGAGCUGCUGGGCUUGCAGGUCCGCUUGGAGCUGGAGCUGCUGAGGGUGUUGGUUCUGAGACUACUACUGUCCAACCUGGUGGUGGUCUUGCUGCGGGUGCUGCUGGUGCUGCUGGCGGUCCUGCCGCCGGAGGUGCUGUUGGCGCUGGUGCUGCCGGAGGUACUGAGGGUGCUGGUGCUGUCCCUGCUGUGUCUGGUGCCGCCGCGCGCCCUCGGCCGUACUUCGUUCCGCUCCUGCAGCAGGUUCUUGGUCCUUCUCCUCCUGUAGAGUGUCCACCGCCUGUCCUGUCACAGUCACAGUUAGAGCCUGCCUCCCCACUGCCUGCUCCCUCUCCUUACAAUGGUCCUACUGGAGGUCUUACUGAGCGUCGUGAGCCUGCGUCUCGUCCUGCGUCGCCUUUUCGUGCUGCUCGCACUAGUGGUCGCAGUUCGCGUCAGCGUCCUCCUCCUGUCCCUGGCACGCACCGGAUGUCUCUGCGUCCGUCCACUGCUCCUCUGCGUGCCCCUUUGCUCUCUCCUCCUGAGUCCUCUCUUCCUGCGCUUGCCGACCCUGAGUCGGACUCUCUUCGUGCUGCCAGUCCUACUGUCACGCGUCUCCUUGCUACUGUCGUCACUGACCCCUCCUUUGAGUCCACUGCUGCGUCUGCUCUUGUUGCUGAGCUCGUCGACUUUGCUGCUCGCUGUCGUCUAGACUACGCUGCUAGUCUUGUUGCUGAGUCUGCGUCUGUCUGUCCUCCGUCCGUCGGGGGUGAGUGUGCUCUUGGCACGGACGUCCUUGAGGACAGGCAGGAGGAGUUUCAGUGUCUGGCUGCUGCUUCACCUCAUCUCGCGUCUGUACUGCUUGCCCCUGAGGGAGACCCGGAUGCACUAGACAUCCCGACUCCGCGCUCUUACGCGGAGGCCGUAGAGGGUCCCUACUCCUCUCAGUGGCAGGCAGCUAUGGAUGCAGAGAUGGCUUCCUGGAAGUCCACAGGCACCUACGUUGACGCGGUUCCCCCUCCUGGGGCGAACAUCGUCAGUGGGAUGUGGAUCUUCAGGGUGAAGCGGCCGCCGGGCUCUCCACCUGUCUUCAAGGCGCGGUACGUGGCUCGUGGCUUCAGUCAGCGGCAUGGAGUUGACUACUUUCAGACCUUCUCUCCCACCCCGAAGAUGACCACUCUUCGGGUGCUACUGCACAUAGCCGCUCAGCGCGACUACGAGCUCCACUCUCUUGACUUCAGCACUGCUUUCUUGCAGGGUAGCCUGCACGAGGAGAUCUGGCUGCGCCGUCCACCUGGCUUCACUGGGACUUUCCCUCCUGGCACCCAGUGGAGCCUCCGACGGCCAGUCUACGGUCUCCGCCAGGCACCGCGUGAGUGGCACGACACACUGAGGACUACGCUUGCGGCUCUUGGGUUUGCUCCCUCUACUGCUGACCCGUCGUUGUUUCUGCGCACCGACACUUCUCUGCCGCCGUUCUACAUCCUCGUGUACGUCGACGACUUGGUCUUUGACACAGCUGACACUGCUGGACUCGCCUACGUGAAGUCCGAGCUGCAGAAGAGACACACGUGCACAGACCUGGGUGAACUGCGCAGCUACCUUGGCUUGCAGAUCACACGGGACAAAGCACGCCGCACCAUUACCCUGACUCAGUCAGACAUGGUGCAGCAGGUCCUUCAGUGCUUCGGCUUCACGUACUCCUCGCCUCAGGCCACUCCUCUGUCUACUCGCCACUCGCUCUCAGCUCUGCCUUCGAAUGAGUCCGUAGAGUCGAGUGGCCCGUACCCAGAGCUUGUUGGCUGCCUCAUGUACCUGAUGACCUGCACACGACCUGACCUUGCAUACCCUCUUAGCAUCUUGGCACGCUAUGUUGCUCCUGGGAGACACCGACCAGAGCACAUGGCUGCAGCGAAGAGGGUGUUGCGCUACUUGUGCAGUACGUCGGGCAUGGGGCUAGUGCUUGGAGGGCGGAGUCCAGUGGUCCUCACUGGGCACGCGGACGCUUCUUGGGCUGACGACCAGGCUACGCAGCGGUCGUCGCAGGGUUACACCUUCAGUCUUGGUUCCGGCUCUGUUUCGUGGCGGGCUACUCGCUCGUCUUCUGUUCUCGGCUCCAGUUGUGAGGCUGAGAUCUACGCCGGGGCCAUGGCUGCUCAGGAGCUUCGCUGGCUCACCUACCUGCUGACUGACCUUGGAGAGCCGCCUCGUUCUCCUCCAGUGCUGUACGUAGACAACAAGGCCAUGCUGGCCUUGUGUCGAGAGCAGCGCCUGGAGCACAGAACGAAGCACAUUGCUCUCCGCUACUUUCUUGCUCGUGAGUUGCAGCAGCGUGGUCAGUUGCGACUUGCGUACGUGGCCUCUAAGGCCAACACUGCUGAUGUUUUCACCAAGGCACUUCCGCCUUGUGAUCAUCAGCGUUUCUGUACUCAGCUGGGACUUGUCCCAGUCUUGCCUCACUUGCUCACCUCUUGA